GUUUAUUUCUUUUUCCCACUUUUUUUUUCUUUAUUCAACUGUCAUUAGAAUGCCUGCACACGAAGCAAACAAAGUCGUUACUCUGGAACAUCCUUCUGGUGCUACUGCAAAGAUAUCUCUUUUUGGUGCUACUGUAAUCUCUUGGAUUGUAAAGGAUACUGAACGUCUUUUCGUUAGUAAGAAAGCUAUCUUGGAUGGAACUAAGGCUAUUCGUGGUGGUAUCCCUCUUGUUUUCCCUAUCUUCGGUACAAAGUCUCAUAUUCCUUUACCUCAGCAUGGUUUUGCUCGGAAUUCAUAUUGGGACUACCUUGGUAUUUUGACAGACAACGAUGAAGUGGCUGUUAGGUUUGCUUUGAAAGAUAAUCAACUUACUAAGGAACAACGUCAAUCUUGGCCGCAUUCUUUCCGACUUGUAUAUACAGUGACUUUGACUGCAAAUACAUUGAAAACUAUUUUAACGGUCAAGAAUGAAGAUAGUGAUACUUUGGAAUUCAAUACUCUUUUACAUACUUAUUUCCGUGUCAAGGAUAUUGCAAAUGUAUCAGUAGAAGGAUUGAAUUCUUAUACCUUUACAGAUAAGGUCACCGGUGGUACAACAGAUGUUGAAAACAGAGAUAAGGUGACCAUUGCAGGUGAAGUAGAUCGUGUAUAUCAAGAUGUGAAGGAUCAUCUUAUAGUCAAUGUUGGAGAUCAAGAAAAAUUGACUAUUGACAAAACUACCAUGAAAGAUACAGUUGUAUGGAAUCCUUGGAUAGAAAAAGCAAAAGGAAUGGGUGACUUUGAUGAUAAUGAAUAUCAUGAAAUGAUUUGUGUCGAAGUGGGCUCUGUUGCUAAAUGGGUACGUUUAGAAAGUGGACAAACUUGGACUGGUGGACAAACAAUCUCGAUAGUUUAGUUUGAAUCAACUAGAUAUUAUACACCAUUUUAUACAUGUUGAAUAAAACCCUUUUUUUUUUUUUUUU